GCAAAAAGCAAAUCUUGAACUUGAACUGGUAGUCGACACGAGAAUUAAGCUUUUUGAUAGCCACAAUACAAACAAGUCAUUCGUCUAUAUAUCAAGCACACCCUGCUACGAGAACAAUCGUUUGGUUUCAGUAGCUUAAUUUCAUUAAUCAAAUACGUUCAAUCCAGCUUCCAAGAAGAAAUAUCAAAAGUCAGGCAACUUCGCUUUAGUCCUGGCCAUUCUCUUUGGCCUUUUUUCAUCAUAUAUGGCUAUCAACAAAGACGACCGCGAAUCAGUCGCUGAAUCUGAUUCCAAUGCCCCUACCAUCCACACACCCCCUUCCACAAUUCGCACACCUCCUUCUACAAUUAGCACACCUCCUCCUACAAUUCGCACACCCCCUUCUACCAUAAUCGAGGCAAAUAACCGCGAGCACCAGGUCGAUCAAUGCCCUCAUCACUCAAGCUCAGUCCCACGGCCUAAUUCCACCUACCUGAUUCGCGCCUCCUCAUCUGGGAGACUCUUGACUUUAGAAUCUGGGCGCGUUAUCUUAGCCAAACCAGGCGAUAAUCGCGGCUCUAGCAUCCACUGGAAAUGCAUUGAGGUCGGCGGAUGGCUCCGCUUUCAGAAUGCCGCUUCCGGUUGCUUUCUCGGCCAUAAUUUCUGGGGCAGUAUACUUUGCAAUGUAACAUGGGCCAGUGGAUGGGAGAGAUUCAGUGUGGGGCCUGCACCAAACGGUGGAUAUUAUUUGAUGACGACACAUUGGUCAAGGCUAUGGAAAAUUGGGAUGAAGGGGGAAUACCUGGCAAAGAUCAGGGAGGGGGAAUAUGGAGAGCCUAUGAAUACUGGGGAGGGGGAGGGACAGGUGAUUAUUUGGGAAUUUGUUAAGAUUUAAGAACGGUGUACUGUAAGGGUUGGCAACUGCUGUUACGCACUCUCUAAAGAAUGAUAUGUCCAUUUAGCUGUAAACUCGCAUCGAAGUAGCGAAAAGCACAGAGUGGUAGAUGGAGACUUUACAAACAUUUGUGUAUAUAGAUAUAUCCAGACCCAGGUUUGACUUUUCCCCAAAACAACAAACAGACAAAAAAGCAAGGGGGGGAUUAGAUACACCCAGAAGCCAACUCUGGGCAAUGAUCUAUAUGAAUAACUAAUUACAAAAAGUUUUCAAACAAACUUUUAGAUACAAUGCGGGAAAC